AUGAGUAAUAUUAGUAAUAGUAAUAAUAAUAGUGUAAUAUAUUAUGUAUUUAAAAAUCAAUAUUUAGUAAAACAGAUUGGAAGAGAGAUACAUACAAUCAAUCAAAUAGAGUAUAGUGGUAGAUCUUUUAGAAUCAAUCAAAUACCUUCACUUAAAUGGGUUCUACAGAAUAAUACUGGUGCUUUGAUACAUGAAUUGUGUAAGAAAUCGUUAGAGAAUGAUCAGCGAUCAUUACUAUCAGGAUUACAAUCAGCUUGGAUCACUUUAGAGUCUGUCAUUGCUGUUUGUUCACCAGAUACCUAUCACAAAUCAAUUACCUUUCAGAUGGAUACAUUUGAUAAGAUAUUUACAUACUAUCAAUCUGCAUUUGAACAAGAACACUUUGCUGUUGACAAUGCAGUACUUUCUGGUAACUUUGAAUUGGUUGAAUAUUUAUUAGACAAAGGUACACCAUUCACUACAGAUGCAAUUGAUAAUGCUUGUUCAAAAGGUUACCUAGAUAUCAUUCAAUUAUUGUUAAAGACAACACCUAGAAAUGAUCCACUUUUAUUUGAUGAUAAUGUUAAAUUUACAAAUAAUGCAUAUGAUAAUGCAGCAACGAAUGGUCAUUUAAAUGUAAUAUUAUAUUUAGAUCAAUUAAGAGAACAAUAUCAAAAGGGUGAAUCAAAGUAUAGAGUUGAGUUUACCGUCAAAGCUAUUGAUGGAGCAGCAAAGAAUAAACAUUGGAAUGUAAUCAAUCAUAUAUUGGAUAAAUAUAAAAAGGAUGGAGAGAUGAAAGGAUAUUUGUAUACAGACAAGGCAAUUAGAUGGAGUGUUGGACAUGGUCAUUUGGAGACACUACAAAAACUAUUAAGUUUUGCACAUCCAGACUUGAAGAAUAUGUUAAAAGGAGGAAAAUGUAUAGCAGAUGGAGUGUCUGAUGCUGCAGGACAAGGUCACUUGGAUAUGAUCAAAUAUGUGUAUACUGCAAAUCUACUAGAAAUCAUUCCAGAGAAUGCAUUGGCAUCAGUGGCACAAGAAAAUCAAAUAGAGAUUGCACGUUACUUUAUUGAUUUGUUUAAAACAACCAAAUCAAAAUCUAUAAAGACUCAUUUCACAACAUCGUAUGCGUUGCAUUAUGUAGCCAUGCGUGGACAUGUAGAGAUGUUUCAAAUGUUUGUCAGUGUAAACAGUCAAGGUCAGAUUGAUUAUCCGAGAAUGUUUGAGCUUGCAAGCAACCACGGGCGUGUCGAAUUGCUGCGAUGGAUGUUUGAUAGUUUUCAAUUUAUGGGCGCGACUGACGGCCUGGUCAAUAGUGCUGCCAUCAAGGGACGACUGGACGUCCUCAUGUUUUUGGUCAUCGAAAAGAGCAUGUUUGUGUUUCAAGACGACAUUGAAGCGGCUGCUGGAACAGAUCACACCGACUGCCUAGAGUUUUUGCUGUCCAACUAUUCUGGUAAAGUUUCACAUCGUGCUCUUAAAUUGGCAUGUUCAACCGGUCUGGAAAAGAAUGUUAGGUUGAUACUAACAUACCUCGAUGUGACAGGAACACACGAGAUUCGUAGUCAUCUGCCAUCGUGCUUUGACGCAGCCGUCUUGUCAGGGUCGAUCGAGUGUGUCGAGAUUAUACGCGGUCUCUGCUUUGUCGAAGACGGUGCGAUGGCUGUCACAAACACGCUCAUCAUGGCCAUGGAGCGUGGACACGUACACAUGCUCAAAUACUAUACCACCGUUGACUAUAUCCUCAGUCUCAAAGAACGAUGUGCUAGUGAGACUGAUGAUGGUGGUGGUCAAGUCAAAUACAUCGAGCUUGAUAGAAACCGGUUCGAUUCACCCGCUGCAGACUUGCUUCAAACAGCAAUCAACCAACACGAUCUCCCCAUGGUAGAAAUCAUCCUUGCACGUCGUCCAUUGGCUACCAGUUCCGAACCUGAAAUGCUACUAGUCAACGGCUACAUUGAUAUUAUCCGUUCACUCCGAUAUAUUCAAUCGGCCGAAUUCUUUCCGUAUGCGUCCAUCUAUUGUCUUGGUCACCUUGUUUUACAUGUCUCCAAGAUGCUCAACUACUCUUGUGCCAAAAGUAUACAAGACAUCCACCAAACUGCAAGAAUGUCUUCUCAAAAAUAUAUGGCUCCUGCCUCUCAUGGAAAUAUCACAUUACUCCGUCUACUUUUCCUUAGAUCUGGUAAAGAUGUUAUAAUUAUUCAGUAUUAA